AUGAAACCAACAACAUCCCCUCUGUUGCUGCUGCUGCUAUUGCUGCUUUCUCUCUACCUGUUGGCCUUCCCCAUUUCGUGCAAUGAUAAUCAGAUCACAAGCCUGCGAAAGCUGAUUAAAUCUCGCAAAUCCGCCAAAGCUCCUCGCUCUGACGCAUGGGUUGAAAUGGAUACAACAUACGGACGUCUGUCAUCAGUAUAUGUGGGAAAUCAAGAUGGAUUGAUGGAAACGGACAAGAUUGAUACCUUGCCUGGACAGCCAACGGGAGUUGAUUUAAAUCAGUAUGCAGGCUAUGUUACAGUGGAUCCCAAGAACGGAAGAGCACUGUUCUAUUACUUCGUGGAGUCACCUCAGGAUUCUUCCACCAAACCACUGGUGUUAUGGCUGAAUGGAGAUGAUUUAGAACCUCGCGUCACUCUUAUCUUGAUGGAAGGCAACAUGAAUUCCCUUUUCGCGAGUGAACAGCCCCUCAUCUACAUUUUGCAAGUUGACGAGAUCAAGUGGCUCGUCAUUGUCUAA